GAUAAAAAUAUUUCUUAUUUUUAUUUUCCAAAAUAGCCGAACUCACGGUCUAAUAAGAGCGUCUAGUUCAAAAUAUGGAAAAUUUAUUGAGACUUUUAUUUACAGUAAAAAGGAUAAUAUAAUCUAAGCUAAUUUAUAAAAUUGAACUUUUAUAUGUAGUCUAGAAGCUAUUUCCAGUGGGCACUGGUUUGUCUUUGUGAUGUUCACGUACUAAAAGAGAAUAUUAAACUCAUUUCCCAUUGAAAUACAUUGUAAUUGUUCGAAAGAGUUUCCGCAAUUAAAACAUUCUCCUAUAAAAAUUACCCUGCGCUUUGAGUAUAGCCUUUUACGUCGUAUGACAAGGAUCGUUGGUCACCCUGUGUCUUAACUGUGGGAUGUGUUCGAAUGACGUCAUGGUGCCUGGCUGCUCUUCCUGUAGGAAGUUCGAACGGCUACGAAGGAGCGUAGCUGAUUCGAUUCUCUUCGUUCAACAUGACUGCGGUAGAAAAUAGGAGAUCCAAACUUCUUUCGAACGACGAAAACGAUAACAUCUUUAAUGUUUUAGGGAAACGAUGCCAGACACUAGCAACUGCUGUAGUACAACUCGUACUAGCUUUACCUGAAUCUAGAGGGAGGUGGACGAAGAAACUGACCGGUGUAGCUUGUUUUGUAAAAGACAAUCCCAAACGGUCAUACUUCAUUCGCGUCUUCGAUCUAACGGCAUGUACGAUGGUCUGGGAACAGGAGCUGUACAAUCAGUUCAAGUACAAUGCAUUGUAUCCUUACUUCCACACUUUUAUUGCAGAUAAUUGUAAUGCUGGUCUAAACUUUGCAAGUGAAGAGGAAGCAUCAAUAUUUAAACAACAAAUCGAAGAUAAACUUAAAGCCAAGCACAAGAGAAGACAUGAUCGCAAGAAAGAUAAUCGACAGAGAGGACCACCACCACCACCCGCCAUGGGCGGAAAUGUUGACGUUGGAAUGAGUAGGACAGAUGGUGGUGUUAGUCAUUCUCCAUCACAAACAAGUUUGUCAUCUGUUGGUAGCAAUGUUUCUGUAUCAAGAAGGACAAGUGCUGUAAAAGAUUCAAAGGACAAGGGCAAAAACAAAAAGGGGAGGGUCAAGCUGUCCAAAGAAGACAUUGGAACUCCUGAAAAUUUCCAGCACAUAGGGCAUAUUGGAUGGGAUCCUCAGGGUGGAUUUGAUGUUAAUGUGGACAUGGAUGAAAACUGGAAAAAACUUUUCAGUAUCAUUGGUGUUACAGAAGGCCAAAUGAAAGAAAAGGGAACAAGAGAAUUCAUCUAUGAUUUUGUGCAAAAGAGAGGAGGAAUUGAAGCAGUGACAAAAGAAAUUGAACAAGAAUCAAAACCAGGACCUCCGCCGCCACCUCCUCCCUCCAGAGGACCACCACGUCCUCCUGAUAGAGGUGCUCCUCCUCCACCACCACCUUCUCGUGGGUUUGCCCCACCUCCACCCCCACCGGCAAGGAUGGGUAUGGGCCCACCACCUCCACCACCCCCAUCAAGGGGUUCCAGACCACCUCCACCUCCACCUAUGGGGGGCCCUCCAAUGGGUGGUGCCCCACCUCCUCCCCCUCCACCACCAGCUAUAGGAGCACCCCCUCCACCACCACCAAUUGGAGGAGGUGGUUCCAUGGCUCGCCCUCCGCCACCUCCUAGUGCUGGUAGAGGUGACUUGCUGUCACAGAUUCAGCAGGGAAAAGCAUUAAAGUCUGUUGGUGACGACGACAAGAGGAGAUCAGCUGGUGGAGACCGUAGUGAUCUACUGAGUGCAAUCCAAAGAGGAACCAACCUUAGGAAGGUAACACAAGAGGAUGGACCCAAGCCAGCACCUGCAGCUGCUGGGGGUAUUCUUGGGGCCCUUCAGCUUGCCUUGUCAAAGAGAGACAAUGCAAUACAUUCAUCAGAUGAUGAUUCUGCGUCAGAAACUGAAUACGACAGUGAUGAAGAUGAAUGGAAUGACUAAGAAUCUCUAAAAUUAUUUUCAUAAUACAAUUCUCAUUUGCUAUCAAUUUAACGACUAUCGCAUCUUCAUCUUUCAAUAAAUGAGACAACUCAUUUCUAAUGUCCAGUCAUUGAUUUGUAAAUGUUUGGAUUUCAUGUGAUAAAGCCAACAUUUUAUAUUAUAAAGCUUUUUAUAAACUGAUUUUUUUUGUGUACUUAUCUUGGCAAUGCAGGACUAAGCCAAACAUUCAAGACACAUCUCUAUAAAUGAUUUGCUUUUGUGAUAAAGAGCUAUUUAAUCUUGGUUGAUAUUCAAGCAAAUAUAAUAUAACGAUUUCACAAA